UUGACCUCUCCACAAUUCCCUCUGCGUUAUUCGUAUUUCUCCUAACUCCUCGGGGCCUUUUUAUAUUUUCCCAAAUCUCCUUUCUUUCUUCUUUUCUUCCUUUCUCUGUAUUCAAUUUUGUGAAUCCCCAGAACGUCCUCGGCCUCCCAUCAACCUCCAGCGACGCAUCUCUUUGUGUCGUCGGCAACGUAGGGCUCGGUUUCCUCAUGAAGAUCUGAGCUUUCAAGGGGGUUUGUUGUGGGGUCGCUGUUUCAAUUCUUCAUUUUCGAUUUUUCUUCCUUAAAUUGUAGAUGGGUUGGAGGUAUAGAACUGGUUUGCUUCUUAUUGCUGCAGUUGUCAUCAUAUGGGUUUCCUCUGCUGAAGUUACCCAGGGUAUUUUCACAGACUAUAAGCAGCCUUUUGCAGUGACGUAUUUAGGAGCUUCAUUGCUGGUAGUUUAUCUUCCAUUAGCAUUCAUUAAGGAUUGGGUUUACAAUAUAAUAAAGAAGCGAUCUUCUAGAAGUGCCAGAAUUACAGCUUCAAGUAUCGAGUCUUCAGCAGCAGAUCUUUGCUCUCCCUCCUUAGAAUGCAUUGGGGAACAUAGUAUCUUUGAGAUUGAACUUGAAGGUUCACUGAAUAAAAAGGGGAGUGAUGUAGACCUUAAUUCUCAGGAAGAACAAGAGGUGCCUUUUGUUUCUUCUAAGCAUAGAAAUGAUCAGCCUCUUACAACCAGGGAGAUUGCUAAGUAUGGAUUUUACAUCGCUCCUCUCUGGUUUGUUACCGAGUAUUUGUCUAACGCUGCACUUGCACGAACAAGUGUGGCGAGCACGACAGUGUUAUCAUCUACGUCUGGACUCUUUACCCUAUUUAUUGGUGCAUUUCUUGGUCAAGAUUCGUUGAGUGUAGCAAAAGUGGUUGCUGUUUUUAUCAGCUUGAGUGGUGUAGUCAUGACAACCUUUGGAAAGACAUGGGCUGCAGACGAGGCCACAGACACUUCUUCAAAUGGUGAACGCACUCUUGUUGGUGACCUUUUUGGCCUUCUCUCGGCUGUGACAUACGGACUGUUCACUGUACUUCUUAAGAAGUUUGCUGGUGAGGAAGGAGAAAAGAUUGACUUACAAAAGCUAUUUGGUUAUAUGGGAUUGUUUACCCUUGUUGCCUUAUGGUGGGUUGUAUUGCCGCUGACAGCGCUAGGAAUCGAACCGAAAUUUGCAAUUCCUCAUUCGGCUAAGAUGGAUGAGGUUGUUCUUGCCAAUGGAUUUGUGGGAAGCGUGGUCUCAGAUUACUUUUGGGCUUUAUGCGUGGUGUGGACAACUCCUUUAGUAGCAACAUUGGGCAUGUCUCUGACCAUACCACUCGCUAUGAUUGCUGACAUGGUUAUUCAUGGUCGACAUUAUUCACCCAUUUACAUUCUUGGUUCGGCUCAGGUUUUUGGUGGAUUUAUAAUAGCAAACCUUUCUGAUCGAAUAUCGAAGAGCUUGGGACUAUAAUUGUAGUAGUAGCAUUUUAAAAAAUCCCUUCAUUUUUGGGUUAUUAUAUUUUGCAUUUUGGAUGGAGACUACUGAUUUUAUGAAGUAAAAAAUGUAAGUUAUUGUUAUAUUAUUAUUAUUGUAGCAUAAAUGAGGAAGAAGAAAAAGUAUAUAU